AUGUCGUCGCAGUCAUCAUCAACGAAACAAGAUGCCUUGGAGACUUUAAGAAAGAAUUCGAAUAAACCAAAGAUUAAUCAAAAGGGUACAAAGAGAAAACUCGGCAGAUCAAGAGACAGCGAUGUAAUCACGGAUGACCCUCGUUUUGCGCAUGUCCAUGAUGACCCUCGCUUCAUUCGUCCCAAUAGAAGGGACAUGAAAGUAAAAAUAGAUGAGCGUUUUAAACAGAUGUUGGACGCAAAGGAUUUCAGUGAUACACCUAAGGUUGACAAAUAUGGUCGCAACCUGCCAUCCGACCACGCUGAAAAGGAACUACGACGGUUUUAUACUUUGGAAGAGGAGAACGAAGACAAAAAUGAUUUUGCUGAUGAUGUGUCGGAUUCUGAUCUAUCUGAUUUCAUGCAAUCUACAUACGAUCCAGCAAGAGGCGAGGGUCUAGUAUCCUCGUCUUCUGAAUCUGAUACAGAUGAUGGGCAUGUAACCAAUGAUCGACAGUCUCAGGACGAAGCAGAGAAUAUUCCACGCGGAGCAGAAACACAUCGAUUUGCAUGCGUGAACCUUGAUUGGGAUAAUCUCAAAUCAAUUGAUUUGAUGAAAGUAUUCAAUGCAUUCAAACCAGAAGGAUCUGUUAUACGAUCCGUCAAGAUUUUUCCAUCAGAAUUUGGAAAAGAGAGAUUGGAGAAGGAACAAAGGCAUGGACCACCCAAGGAAAUAUUUAAGAAACCAGAGAGCGAUGAAGACUUAUCUUCUGAGGAUGCCGAGGACGAUAUCGAUUACGGAAAAAUUAACAUCAAGAAAAUAAUAAAGGAAGGCGUUGCCGAAGAUUUUGAUGAAAAUGCACUACGAAAAUAUCAAUUAGAGCGAUUAAAAUAUUACUAUGCGAUAGUAGACUGUGACACGGUAGAGACAGCCCGCGCUAUUUAUGGGCAAUGUGACGGUACAGAGUUCGAACGAAGUUCCAAUUUCUUUGAUUUGAGAUUCAUACCGGAUGACACGGAGUUCAAUGAUGUGCCAAGGGAGGUGGAUGAAUGUUACGAAGCUCCAGAUGUAUAUAAACCAAUUGACUUUACCACGAACGUUCUUCAAAAUUCACGGGCGAAAUUAACAUGGGAUGCAGACGAUCCUGACAGAGUUCGUCUUACUCGACAUAGCUUUACAAAAAACGAUAUUGAUAACAUGGAUUUUAAAAUAUAUCUCGCAUCUACCGAUGAAGAGUCAGAAGAAGACAAUGACGGAAUUAAACAAAAAUAUAAGAAUUUACUUGCCGAGAUUGAAGAAGAGAAAGAAGUUGAUGAAGAUCUAGAAGUGACAUUUGCGCCUGCAUUAACUCAAGCCAUUAGUGAGGAAGAUGAUGAGUUAGAAGAGACUACAAUAGAUAAGUAUUUACGGAAACAGAAGGAGAAGAAGCAACUUAAAAAAGCUGCUAAAGAGGCGUCAAGGCAACUUCAAAUUGGAUCGGAUGAUGAUGCGCUAGACAACGGUUCUCGAAAAUCAAAAAAGAAACCCGUUGAAGAGCAGGAAACUGCAGAAAAACAACGUGCAGAAUUAGAACUGCUCAUGGACGAUAGUGCAGACGGAAAUAAGCAUUUUGAUCUCAAGGAGAUUAUUAAGGCUGAAAAGAAAAAAAGAAGGCGUAAGAAAAGAAUCAAUGAGAAGGAAGUCGAUGAAGAUAACUUUGAAAUUAACGCUGAUGAUCCAAGAUUUGCUGCUUUACUCGAGAGCCAUCAUUUUGCGAUAGAUCCUACAAAUCCUCAUUUCAAGAAGACUAAAGCUAUGCAAAAGUUACUGGAAGAACGGCAGCGGCGACAGGUUCUUGCCGAUAGCGAAGAGAUACGAGAUCAAGAAUCUCGGAAAACUUCUUCCAACACAUUUAAAGACACUAGCUUGUCAUCUUUAGUGAAUUCUGUGAAACGAAAAACGGCUGUCAUUGCAGAGAGAAAUCAUCGCGGUAAGAGAAAUAAAUAUGGAUAA